AUGGUGGCCAAGCCUGAGGAUUCCCGGGUGGACCGGCACCAUGAAUUUGUGUCAACCGUGUCACUGGCAGGGAAUCGUUUCGAUGUUGGACGUCGGGACAUAGCAUGGUCCAGUGGCUUUUGGAGGGACAGGUCUUUGGAUUCCUUCAACGGAAUCCUGCCACCUCCAAAGGACCACACACAUCCAGCACUUCCACACCUACCGGAUCUCGCGAAGAAGGCCAAGGUCUUGAUGGCCCACAGCCAGUCGCGCUCGCCCAUGGCUUCUACGACCCAGAUGUCUCUGACCUCCAAAGCGUCUGGCAAACCUGGGAGAGGUAGCUGGGGCGUGAAAAUUCGGGAAGACCUUCUACAGCGAGAGGAUCCCGUCCCGGUUCGUCUCAGCGGGAGACGCCACGGAGCCGCGCCGGACGACAAGAUUCGAAUCUGGGUCCGAGUUCCGAAAGGAAGGCUGGCAUUCUUCGUACCACCUCACCUUCCCUUGGGGCCGCCCGAAGAGCCACAGGAACUCCUGGCAGACGACGGCCGAGCCACACCCUUACGGUCCUUGCUUGCUCGGCGAAAUGGCCAACUCUGUGCCGAGCGCGAGGCAGCUGAACUUCCAGGCACAGUGCCGGAGGCAUCUGCAACAAUGCUCUCCGCAGAGCAGGAGCAUGUUCAGAGCGCUGCCAAACUUUCUGCGAUCUCGGCAUCACAGAUGAGCCCCUGUGCAAGCUCGACUGUUAUGAUCGAAAGCGAUAGGGUUGAGUCGAACUUCAAGAGUUUAGUGGAGGCGGCCACCGGUAUUCCCAUUCCACAUCAGAAGCUUUUCUACGGGCCAGCCGGCGUCCUUGAGGACAACAGCAAGGCUCUCUACCAGUUUGAGAUUGGACAGGGCUCCUUGCUGCAUCUCUCCACCCGCCGAGACCCACGAAAGGUCGCAGACUACGAGGAGAGGCGGAAGCAGAAGGGCCAAUUUGCCAGCUUCCGCAAGGCAGAGGGAAUGGAGAAUCCACAUCAUCUUCUCGACGAACGUCUGUUUCCAAGAAUCCGUGCAUUCAUGAACACGAAGGUCGGACCCAAGAUGGGCAAGGACCUCGUGAUGGUUGUGCCUGAUUGGAAGAAAGCAGGAACGUCACCGUUGGAGUACGAAUGGCCUCACGAGCAGAUUUGGUUGGACUACUCUUUCAUGCACGACAAUGGCAUCUUCGAUUUUGCCGGACGCAUCCGCAAGAAGUGCGGGUCUCUGCAUCCAUGCUCAUCGGUUUAG